GUGUGGGCCGGUCCGAAGCAGCGGGGCCGCGCCGCGGGGCCGCCUCUGCCAGCACGGCCGCCUCUGCCAGCACGGCCGCCCUGCGCCAGCCCCCGCCCCCGAGCCGCCCAGCCCGCCGCAGCCCCUCCGCGCCCCCGCCACGGCGGACAGAGCACGGUGUUUGGAGACAAGUUUAGGUUUAUCCAGAGAACCAUGGCAGAAGGUGGAUUUGAUCCUUGUGAAUGCAUUUGCUCGCAUGAACAUGCAAUGAGAAGACUGAUUAAUUUGCUGAGGCAAUCCCAGUCAUACUGCACAGACACAGAAUGCCUUCGGGAAUUGCCAGGACCAAAUUCCUCCAGUGACAAUGGCAUCAACUUUGCCAUGAUAAUGAUGGCCUGGGUGGUGAUUGCACUUGUCCUGUUCUUACUGAGACCUAGUAAUCUGAGAGGCUCCAACACAGCCGGAAAGCCGACCAGCCCACAUAAUGGACAAGAACCACCAGCCCCACCAGUGGACUAGAGCAUUCAGUAUUGGAAAAGCAGCUGAAACCUUGCACGACCAAAUGAACGAAGUGACCAGUUUUCUCCUAAAUGCUAUUCAAUACUGUUUUAUUUUCUCAAAUAUAUAGAGCAGAAAUAUCACUCAACAGUUAUCUUCAUGAACUGCUUUUAGCAACUUCAAUUUUAAGUUAAAUUUUGCUUUGUAUGUUGUUAAAAUUCCUAGUAGAUCAUAAUUUGAAUAACGAUAAGGCAUUGCAGGGGUUUUUUGGUUGUUACUGUUACUGUGGACAUUCCACUCAGUCUCUUUCUGUUACAUCGAUCUUAAUUUCUUUGCAGUGAUUUCUGAUAUGCAUUGAAAGAAAAAGAAAAUCCCUGUGCAUCUAUAUUAAUGGAAGGUUACUGACCUUUCUUCAGAUGAAUUUGUAUUUUUUCUGCAGUCUGCUUUUGAGAGUUAUAUUAUGGUUGCAACUAUUAGCUUAGUUACGUGGUAAAAAAUGGAAAUUUAUUUUAUAUUUGCCCUGAGUUCAGAGCAGCUUCUAGUCUGGUCUUUGGACCACUAACAUAGUCUUCAGGGUUGUCGGCAAAAGCACGGAUUGUCCACUAGAAUCGUAGUCUCUGUGUGUGUGCGCACGCACGUGUAUGUAUGUGUGUGUGUGCACGUAAGUGAAUGUUAUAGUUGCCACUGUCAAAGCUUUGACAUAUGUAUUGGGAACAUUGCACAGAAGUUCAUGCCACCAAAAAUGAAACUAAUUUAAUCUUGUUCAUUAAUAAAUUACAUAUCUUAUGCAAUAUGUUAUUAAAAAAAGUAUUCCAAAACCAGAUUUGUUUACUUAUAGACUUUAUGGAAAGAGAAAUUUAGCGAGAAGAACUUGGUAGAAUUUUGUGUCCUAGUGUAGUCUUUUAAUAAUUGGUAUCUUAACAAAUUUUUAGCCAUGAUGUAAUGUGUGUUGACAGGAUGAAAUCAUACAAAGAGGUUACCGAGUUUUGGUAUACAACAUAUGCUGGAUAUUCAGGUUUUUUCACCUGGAUAUUAUCUGCAAUUCUUAACAUUUCAUCCUAUCUACUGGUUGUAAUUGUAAAUCAACAAACUUGCAGGUGGCUACAUACAUCAUGUCUUUUCCCUCUGAUAUUUUUCUCUGUGUGUGGUGUGUUGAUGUGUGUGUAUGUGUGGCUGUGCACGUACCUGUGCACAUCUCCCAUUGUAGAAAAUGGGAAUGACUUUUUUAUGUACAUUAAUUUAAGAACAUUUUAAAGAUGUACAGAAAAGCAACACUGUAUAUUUUUCUUGAUCAAUUUGAAAAAUUGAUGAGAAUAAUGUAAAGAACAUUUUUAUCUUACCAACAUGAAGCUUCUUUCCGUAAAGGUCAGUAGAACAGACAUGGGAAUUUUAAACCUUACUCUACAAACCUUUAUUCACAAGGACUGUAGUUACAGGGACUAACUGUUGAGAUGUAUGAAGGUUUGUAUAAAUGGGCUCUAACAAAAAUCUCACGUCAGAUCCCAUGGUUGAUAGAUGCAGGGUUUUCCUCCUCAGGGUAAAUGGCGGGCCAGCUAAGCCUCCUUGGAAAGGCACAGCGUAGACCUGAAGAAAGGCUUCUGUAUUUUAAUGUAAUUGCCCUUUGAGUUUCUGUAGAAUAGUGUGCUCCUAAGUAUAGGAGCAUAUGUAAAAAAAUAUAAAGAAUUAAAAAGAAGAUCGGGCCAGGUGCUCUCAGUGACAUCCGUGCAGUUCCAUGUUGAGCAAUGGAGCUGCAGCAGAGAAGCUGAGAGAAUUUGUCUUAUUACAUCUAAUGGUGUGCAGGCCACAAACACUGUGUAAAGAUGUCACUGGGACAAGCAAUCUGACUGUGCUUGCUUUUUGCUUUCCUUGCAAAUUUAUGUUUUUGGGAUACUGUUUUGGACAAGUAAUACAGCAUCAUUUCGAUGAACCAACAAGGAAAUAUAUAUAUCAUCUCCUACACUUACCUUUUCUCCAAGGGUUUUUGGGCAGAAUUCUUCACCACAGAAUGCAUAAAACAGGCUUCCAAUUGAUUAAAAAGCCAACUCAAACAGCCUUCUUUUCAGACAGAGCACCACUCAUCAUCCUCUUGGAAGCUGGUGAGAUUUACAGCAGAUGCUCCUCACUUGUGAGGAUCAGUCUUGCUUUACUUAAAUGCCUGUGUAUGUAUUUAUAAAAUUCACCAUGUGCACCCAGCUUUAACAAUCUUGGCAAAUGAAUUUUUUGUUCAGGGUAAUGCUGUGUUUUACAUUUAAAUGAAUUGUCUUGGCUUGAAAUUUGUGUGAGUAGUUGUCCCAGUGAUUUUAUACAUGUAUGCUUUCCUUGUGUAAAUUGCUAUUUUAAAUUUUCUAUGUAAAAGAAAAAAACAUUGGAAAUAUUUUAUUGUAAAAGGUUUUACUAAAGAGCCAGGCCACUAUCCCACGUCAAAACAUAUGCCUUUGAAAUUCAGAUGCUCUCUCCGAGAUACAACCUUCAGAUCACCACUCUUAAUUAAAAUUAAAGUAACUAAUUGUAGGACUGUAUUUUGCCACUCUUAUUUAUGUUAAAUAGUGCCUUACUCAUCAAGUAGUUGCACUGAAGUUUGUGGAACUACUCUGAGAUAAUGUACUAGUAGCAGCUUUAGUAAGGGUGGCAGAAAUCUGGCCUUUAGUGGGGUAGUUUGUGGUGAAAGAAUUGUAUCAUAGUUACAGACGUUAAUGGUACAUUUUGAGAAGAAAUGUGGAAGAGAUUAGUGGUAUGUGAAGCUUCAGGAUAUGAUUAAUUCUGUAAUGAGGGUUUUAAGGUUGAUCAGUAAGAGAUGCAAGUUAUAGCAACUUGGGAAAUAUGGAAGGAAGUUUACAAUUAUACCUUAGCUUAAAACUUUAUUAAAACAAUAGUAUUUUUAGAGUCUGCUUAACACAAUUAUUAUAUUCUGAAAUGAGAAAUCGUAUGUAUUCAUGUAUUGUCUGCAGAUCACUUAGCCUUGCAAUGUUCAUGAUUGAAAAAGGAAGAGUGCUGAUGUCAUGUACCUGAUGCAGAUUGGUGGUUUAAAAUGUCUGAAUUAUGCCAAACGAAAAAUCAUCUGUGCCAUUUGCAGUUUCCUGGUAAUCUUUUACUGAGUACUUGGAUUGGGAUAAAGGGCUUGUACUAUGCACUUUUUAUUGACUUAACAAAAUAAAUAGCAAUCGUUAGUAA